CUUUGCCUAAUUCCCCACACGGUGGAACAAAUCUUUUCUUGACCAGCACGGAUAUGUAAACCUUUUCAAGAUGGUUAAGAACCAUGGUGAAGAACCAAGUGGAAUGACAAGAGGGAGCAUCCACUUCUGUUGACGUCUAAUUUGUGUGUUUGAAAGUAUGGUUUCCUGAUAGAAAAGUGCAUUGUAUUUUUUAACAGCGGAUCUUUAUUAAAUGUGCCAUCAGCGGUGGUUUUGGAAAGAUGAGAAGGGACCUACUGUGGGGCAACUCAGUGAAGCUGAAAAUGUCUGCUAUUUCUGUUAUGUGUAUCCCAGAUAUGAGAGGGUUUUUUGUGAUUUCUGAGCUUGGUGCUAUCAGCCUCAUGUGAACAAACUAAAACAAAAAGCAAGCUGAUUUUUAGAAAACAAAAUGCCACGAAGAAGGAAAACUGGUGGGAGUCCUACUUGGAAGAAUGGCAAUUCUGACAGAACUGCUGUUGCCGUAUCCCAAGGGGACCCAAGCCGCUCAGUGUCACCAGCAGUGCAUAGUGUCAGUAAGGAAGAGCUCUUCAACAGCAUGUCAGAAAUGUUUUCUGACUUAGAUCCUAGUGUGGUUUAUAUGGUUCUGUCUGAAUGUGAUUUUAAAGUAGAAAACGCUAUGGAUUAUCUGCUAGAGCUGUCCACCCACGCCAAAGGAGUAGCAUCUUCAAAAACCUUGGGUUUUGAUUCAGUAGCAUCACCACUAGCUCUUGUUAAUCAGCAAAGAUCUGUUGCAAAUGAAAGAAUGGGGGAAAGUACUGCAGAACAAAGUAAUUCUGAAGAAGAAAAAGAAAAGGUCCUAUCACCUGAUGUGCAGCGGACUGAAGAACUGGAUUCUUUAAUAGAAAAUCCCUUUCAGAGUUACUGCUUGAGUGAUGAAUUGCCUAAUUCUGCAAAUUACCAAAUAGUACAUAAACACUCUGUGGAACAUGAUGGCUUUAAUGAAUUUCCUGAGUGGGAAAAAUCUGAUUCAGGUUGCAAUGUCCUACUUUUUCCACAGCAAACAGGGGCAAAUAAUGAGGUUUUAGAAAACUACUGCUGUUCUCAGCCACCAGUGAGUCAGCUGAGUGUCCAGCCAAGCUCACCAGCUGCAUCAGACACUUUUGCACAGAUAUUGGAAGAUUCUGAUUUGUCAGAAAAAUGUGUUCAACAUGAUGUAGCUUCAGAAGUCUGUAAACAAUCGAAUGGAGAAAUAUCACGUGGAAAUUCUGAACAGACACAGGGUACUGUUUUGGAUCAAAAAAGUGUGACUGCUGCUUCUGGUGAGUCCUCCCAAAGACCUCUGGAACUUGGAGUAGCUGUCACUGGAAAUCCUAAUUCAGGGUGCCUGGAACAGCAUGAAGAGGUAGUGACUGCCUUUAACAGCCAUGAGAGCAUUUCUCUUCCAGAGGCCUAUGUCUCUCUUGAAACAUCCAGUUUCAAAACACCCAAACCUGCAGAUUUUCAGCAAACUCAGCAGGGUUAUAACUUAAAUUUUUCUACACUGUCAUGUCAACCUCAGCAACACUGGAAUCUCAUGGCUCCUGUGUUUUAUCCAUCCAGUGGAAGUCACAGCUUUGUAGCUCCUGCGGUUGUCAGUCCAGGGCAGUGGAGACCUGUUUCAGACUAUAGGACUUUGGAAAAAGGACUUUUUUUUUCCUCUCCAGUGGUUUCAAAUGCCUGGGAUAGCAACCCUUCUCUGAAGGUAUGGGGAAAUCAAGAUAGAAACUCAAAAUUGAACCUCUCGCAAGCACAGCAGCCACCUGUUUGUCACAUGAUGAAAAAAAAGAUGCACCUUAUAGGUCAAGUACUUGUUCUUCUCAGAGGUGUUCCAGGAUCAGGAAAAUCAUAUUUGGCAAGGACUUUGCUUGAGGAUAACCCAGGUGGAAUCAUUCUUAGUACUGAUGAUUACUUUUAUAAACAUGGACAAUACCAUUAUGAUCCCGAUUGCUUAGGGGAAGCACAUGACUGGAACAGGAAACGAGCCAAAGAAGCAUUUGAAAUGAGAAUCUCUCCUAUAAUAAUAGACAACACAAACAUACAAGCAUGGGAGAUGAAGCCUUAUGUUACUUUGGCUCAGCAGUUCAAAUACAAAGUCAUGUUCCGAGAACCAGACACUUGGUGGAAGUUUAAACCAAAAGAACUUGAAAGGCGAAACAUUCAUGGUGUAUCUAAAGAAAAGAUCAAAAGAAUGUUGGAACGGUAUGAACGCUGCCUUACUGUUAGUUCAAUAUUGGAUUCUUCAGUCCCAGACAAAUCAGAAACUGCUGGAUGGAGUGAAGAUCCUUGUCAGGAGGAAAGCCAUAGAAAGAGGGAGGCACAUUCUGAUGUAAAGGAAGAAAAACCUUUUGUUUCUGAUGUGGAGCCUCUUGAAUUAGCUGAAGACGAUAAAACUUUUCCCAGGACUUCUCUAACGUUAGAAAGUAACUGUGAUCCUGAACGUUUUCAGAAAGAGGAAAAAGAAAUGGAAAAUAUCUUGGUGGAACACAAUUCUGAGAACAGUACUGUUCAAGAUGACUUGGAUGUUUAUUUAUCAGAUUGUGUAGAAAAAGAACUGUCCUUGGAGAAGAAAGAAGAAAAGGGAGAAAAAGUAGAAAAAAAUACUGAAACAGAUAUGGAUGAGGUUGAUGUGACCAUGACUGACGAGACUGUGUGCUUGCAUACAGGAGGAGUUGAGGAACACAGUGAUAACAACAUUCUCAGAGUUCAAACUGAAGUUGAACAAUCUGGCGAAAUACGUACAGAACCAAAAUCAACACAAAGUAAAAACAUAGUGGAACCAAGCAGUUCAGCUUUUGACACGUCAGGAAAACCAGAACUACUGAACUUUCUGGGUGACUGGCCUGUAGAACAAACAAUGGGACAAAGAGUCAAAAGAGCUAGAAGACUAGAAAAAUCUUCUCUGAAGAGCGAUACAGAAGGUAAAACUCCCAGUCAGCAGCAUCCUGAGUUAGGAAAAGAGCAAACGGGCCUGCCUGGGACCUGUACUGUUGAAAAAGGACGUGAGGAAGAAAAUCUAGCCUCUAGCUGUUCCUCUGUUAGUUCAGAUAAAGUCACACCAGAAUUGCAAAUGAUAGGACAUUGGCCUGUCUCAGGUUCAUUAGAACAGAGACAACAAAGAUCAAGGAGAAUGAGAAAGACAAGUCUAAAUCAGUCCGAUGAAGGUAGAAAUACUGAAGGUGACAUUAAUAGAAAUGCUCUUGAGACUGUAGAUGUGCUUCGUGGGACACCUGUGAACACUGCAGAGCAACCAGAUACAAAGAGUUUGCAUAUGCACCAACCUGAAACAGUAGCUAGUGAAACAGUAGGUGAGAAAAAACCCCAGCCAAAUAAGAGAAUAAGGAAACAUCACAAAUUAGCCCUCACUUUUACAAACAACAAUUUGCUCCAUCCCAAAGAAGAGGAGCACUUGUCUAUGCUUAAUGCAGCAGAAGAGAAACAUGACACAUGCUCACAUAGACAAAAAAAUAGCCAUUCACAGACUGAAUCACAGGACUUUGCUGUCCUGUGGAGGUUAGAAAAGAAAAUGCUUUUUCCUGAGACUACCAAAGUAUUGCAUGGCAGACUAGACGGCUUCAAACCCAAAGAUGUAGAUAAUGCCUCAGAUUCUCAGGAAAAAGUACCCUAUCGAGUUAUGUAUGAUAAAAGUACACUUGUGGAAGAAAGUGAACUUAUCAGUAUUGAUGAGUCUGAAAAGCUAAAUAUGCUAUGUAAGCUCUUUGAGUCUGUUUCAUUUGAAGCUCUGAAAGAUCUGUAUGAAAGAUGUAACAAAGAUAUAGACUGGGCCACAGGUCUGCUGUUAGACUCUGAUGAAAAGUUAUGCAAAGAUGUUGAUACUGAAUGCUUUCAAAUAAGAGAAGCUGAGCCAGUUGUUGCAGACCUUGAUUUCAAGGCGAGUACAAACUAUGGUGAGAAUCUCAAAGACUGCAAACAAAUGCCACAAAUAAUUGGGGCUGGUGAUAUCUCUGAGCCUUCGGAAGACAAGAACUCAUCACUUAGCAUUGCAGAAAGUAGGGCUACCAAGUCAACUGUGACAGAUGCUGAUGUGUCUGACUUGUUGACUGCUACCUCAUUGAAUGAUUCGUCGGAACUGAAAAAUUCUGGAGAUGCAGCCCUUAGAACUGACACAGGCAGCUCAGCAGCAGGUAUCAUUGAGCCAUCCGUUUCAGGAAAGCAGAAGAUAGAGUCUGAGAGUCCUGUUGAAGAAACUGUAAAUAAGCCAUCAGUCUCACAACUUGAUGCAGGUUUAUGUAUACCCAUGACUUUGCCUCAUGGUCCUAACACAACUUCUACCAAUUUGAAAUUUGAAUUAAAUAACGAAAGUGACAGUAACCCUUCAGAAAGCAAUGCAGAGAAUUCCAAAGCAACUGCUUUGUUACUGGAAAUGGAUCACGCACCUCUGGUGAGUCCUAGGAGUGAUAAAGAAACCCAGGGGAGUUCCAGGGAGAGAUGUGGUAAAGAAGAAAUUGAAACUCCAAGCUGGGAUGAAACUAAAGCCAAGAUACAAAGCCCUAUACCAGCAUCACAUGAAGCCUUCAAUAUAGAUUGCCUAGAACUAACAUUACCUCCUGAACUGGCACUCCAACUGAAAGAAAUAUUUGGGCCUGUUGGCAUUGAUGCAGGAUCACUAACUGUUGAGGAUUGUGUGGUUCAUAUUGAUAUGAAUUUGGCAAGAGUGAUUCAUGAAAAAUGGAAAGAAUCUAUUUUGAAGCGUCAGAGGAGAGAUGAAUCAUGUAAGUUGUUUGCAGAAGGUCCUACUGUGAUUCAGCAGAUAGAUACAGAUGACUCAGAAAUGCUGUUAUCUCAGAAUGCAGACAGUAAAAUACAGAAGAAAAAAACGAGCUGGGUUUCAGGCUCAUCUAAUGACAUACAGACUAAAAAACCAGCAACAUCAGACGUUUUUCCUUUUAUGGAUCACUGGAAUGCUCAGAUUCAGAAAGUUUCUCUCAGACAAAUAAUUUCCGAAGAAAUAGCUAUGCAGGAGAAACAGGACCUGAAUCGUGUUCCUUCUAUGGCUAGAAAAGACUGUGCCGCUAAACUAAAGGAGAAGCAACUUUUUGAGAUGUUUCCAACUAUUAAUCAAAGUUUCUUAAUGGAUGUCUUCAAGGACAACAACUACUCUUUAGAACAAACUGAACAGUUUCUGAACUGUGUUCUGGAGGCAGAUCCUGUAAAAACAGUUAUAGCUCAAGAAAGCGUUCAGCAAAAUGAAAUUGUUUCUUCCUACAGUGCUGCAAAGAACCGGGAGAAGAAGGCAAAAAAAAGUAAGGAAGAGGAUGAUCCUUUGAGGGAAGUAUUUCAAGAUUUUGAGUAUCCACAAUAUGAUGAUUUAAGAGCAGAAGCUUUUUGUCACCAGCAAAAGAGACAGGAAUGUUUGAAAAAGGCUGGGGAGGCCUAUCGCAUGGGUAUGAAGUCUGUGGCAGCAUUUUAUGCACAUCAGGGUCACCUUCAUGAGCAGAAGAUGAAAGAAGCCAACCAUGCUGCUGCUGUGCAAAUCUUUGAGAAAGUAAAUACUUCCUUGUUGCCUAUGAAUGUGUUGGAUCUGCACGGUCUCCAUGUAGAUGAAGCUGUGAAUCAGUUGUCCAGAGUGCUGCAGGAAAAAAGUGAAGAGUACCAGCAGAGUGGUGGUAAACCAUAUCUCUGUGUUAUCACGGGAAGAGGAAGCCAUAGUCAGGGAGGAGUUGCUCGCAUCAGACCAGCAGCUAUCAGAUACCUCACAAGCCACAACUUCAGGUUCACAGAAAUAAAACCAGGCUGCCUGAAAGUCAUGCUGAAUUGAAGGGUUGUCAAGAAGAGAAGAGGAAUAUAGAAACUGAGGUGUCAGGUUACAGCUAAAAACUUUUUUAACAACUGCAAUAGUAUUUUGUAAUCUGUUUUAAAGGGCGGAUAUUUUAUUAGAAAUGGUCUCAAUUUACAGCAAGUGGUUUUGUCAGUAUGUUUCCAAGAAAAUUCUUGUGUGGAAUGGAUCCUUUUUUGAACCUGCAAAAAGAAGACACAGGAUUUGAAGUCUCAGAAAUGCAGAUUAAGAAUUCUGCUGAGCAGUAUAUGAAGUUUUAAAGGGAAGUUAAGGUACAAUUUUUAAAUAUAACUGUCUUCUCAGCAUACCCAGUCUGUCUUUUGACCCUGACACAUUUUAAUUGCUGUGGAUUCUGUGCUUUUAAAACACAGAGACAUAGUACCUUGUACAAAGUUAUUCUGUGAUUCAGAACUUUGUGCUAAACCCUUCAGAAGACCACAGGGGAGGUGGAAACUCGGCAGCUGCUGAUAUUUCAAAUCCAGUUACAGCUGAGUGCUAAAUGUUUCUAGGUUUCUUCAAAAGUCGGAUGUAGUCCUUUUAGUGGUUAUUUUGUGAUGGGUUGACCAGUUCUGUUGUCCUUAUUCCAUUCUAAACUUCCCCUGAUAUUGAUGGAAGUUGCAUAUAAAGGACUGUGUAUUAAGACCAGUUGUGUUUUUGGUAAUUUUGCAGAUUUACUGUGAUCUGUUAAAGGGAAAAAUACAACACUGUAGUUCAAUCUCUACUUACACAUAGCUAAUAAUUUUGCAGGAAAUGCCCUUACUUUUUUCAACAUCUACUGGAUUAAAAGUGUUUCUUCCUUUAUGGCUUUUUAAAUGGAGCAAAUUGAGUACUGUUUCACUUUGCAGGUGUCUGUGACGUGUCUUCAUUCUGUGUAUUAAAUUUGGUGAUUUCCUUGUAGAAAAUAUGAUUGUCUGUGAGACAUUUUAAAUGUAUUUUUAACAUCAAAGUGAAUGCUAAUACUAUAGUAGUAAUUGCCUAACUGGAAAGUCUGGGAGUACAAAAGUUAUUCUGGUGGUGGUGGUGUUCCAUCAGCAUCUAGUAAUACCUGUGUAACAAAACCAAAACAACAACAAAAAAAACCCAAACCCCCCCCCCCAAAUUAAACAUAAACACCUGCACUUUGACAAGUGUUUCCAGUAAGCAUUCAGAACAUUUUUUUAAUAUAAAUGUCUUCUAGAAUGCAUUACUACUUUUAAUUACAUCUUUGCCUCUUGAAAGGCAUAUGAAUUUUUUACUAGAAACCAUUUAAUUUUUGUUGUAAGGCUUUUGCAGAACAGGUAUGAGUUGUGUAUUAGGAAUAAUAUUAAUAGGUUAAAGAUUAAUGGGAGGGUUUUUUCAUUUUAAACCACUUUUGCAGUAAAUUUUAUCCAGGAACUACAUGCACAUAGAAUUUGUGUAUGAAUCCAUAUGUGUGUGCAGGUUCUGCCAUUUGUGUGCAUGGGUAGUAAUAAGCAAGGAACUUCUGUGAGAAAAGUUGUACACAGAAAUAGGUUUCACUUGAAAAUGUGUCUGUAUAAGUUGCUGACAAACUGAAAGACACGUUUCCUCAAUACCCAUAUUUACUGUAAUAAUACAGUGAAUGCAAUGUACAGUAGACAAAAUGAGUUUGUCAUGCUUCAACAGAUAAUCUUUUCAUGGUGAUUUCAAGUGGAAGAAUAGCUUGAAUAAUAUUUAAUCAAAGGGACUCUUACUGGAAUAAUAGACUGUCAUAACAAGUUUUAUAUUUUUUUGUGGGUUCUUAGUUCAUCUGAAUUGUGUCCCUUCUCUUUUUCUUUCUGGGCUGCUCUGGUAACCAGUGGGUGAAAUACAAAAGAUCUGUGAUCCCCAAACAGCACUAGCAGAGCUGUUUCUGCCACCACACGAUGUCCCGUGCGGUGAAGCCCAUGCUCCAUCCUCUGCAACAGUGCCUAAAAUGGACUGAGAGGUCAUUUAGGCACUUGGACUCGAGACAGCAGUUCAGACCGUCAGCUGUCCAGGGUUGCAGAUGCUAGAAUUGCCUCAGCGGAGCUAGGAUCUUUCUUUUGGACCAAGGAACUUCUUUCUGCUCCUGAACAGGUUUUCCUUAGUGGUACUGUUUAUAACGAAUGGAGGGGCAGCUCUUUAAAACAUAGUCCCUGUUGGUUGGCCCGGGUGGCUGAGUUGUCCAGCAAAAGUCCCAGUGUAUGCUCAGAAGUGUUGCGUGUUGAGCUGCUGGGUGCCAAGCCUUACAGCGAUGUGCUUGUAAACAGGGAAGUUCCAAAACUUCUGGUUGUUUUGGGAGGGGGCCUGAUUCACUCAGCAUGUUCACACCAUUCCCGACAUGGACAAAGACAGCUUAGAUUUCAGCUCAAAAGAUGAGCAGAAAAAGUGGUGGUUUUGCUCAUCUGUUUAUCAUAAUCUAGUUGUUGACACGUUUACCUUGGAGAUGAGAAACACAGCUUUUUACAUUCUUCUGGCCUAGCAAGGGGACAACGAUUGCGCUUGACUUACUUCCCCAGAAAAUGCUCUAACCAGUGUGCUCAGCAGUAUUCUUGAAGUCGCCACUUCCUGAGCCUCUUUCAAAAUCACCACUGCAAGCUAAAAAAGCAAGAUCAAGGGGACAAAAGAGAUUAAAGAAUGAAAAGUGCAUAAACAGUCUCUGGAAGGGGUUAGGACUCUUAGAAAAGAAGCCGUUCCCACUGAGCUUCAAUGUCCCUCCAUAUUAUUUUUUCAUCUCUUAGUCCUGUUUGGAUGAAUGCAUAAAAAAUGUUCAGGGCAAAACCUCAGCUCCACCCCUUACUAGGAGAGUUUGUUUUCUCCAGUCUGUCGAAGUCAGCAGAGGAGUACGUAGCUUAAGAGCAAUUUGGAGUACUUCUCCCUCUCUCCGUUGCCCUUUUGGGUACAGGUGGAGGUUCACUAAGGUACUCCGAAUACCCUAUCUGGUUAUAGGUUGAUCAUUCACCUAGUAUAAAUUGUUUGAUUACAGGCUGAACUUUGAUGGAAGACGAUGGUUUAAAAUUGUAACACGGGCAGAACCAGUCUUGCCUUUAUUGAAGUUAGUGACAGAGCCUUCAUCAGCUUCAGCAGCUCAGGGUGAGGCAUUGCAGUUCCAACUCAGAGAAAAUAUGAUGAGCUCAGCCUUUUUCUUCCAUAGGAGCUUAAGCACGUGCUUAGAAGCUGUGCUGAGCUGGAUACAGAAUGGAGCAGAAGAUCAGUGCACAGAGAGAAAGAAAGUAGACUUUUAUUAGUAAGGAUCUCCAUGCCUUCAGCUACUUGCCAAACUGUCAGAAAAAACCCACUGGACUUCUUGUAUUUCUUUGACUGUUUUUAUAAUGUAUAGUGGGAUGAAUUAUAUAAUUGUUUCAAAACGAUAUUUCAAAGUAGGUUACAUUUUAGAACUUCCAGGUUUUCUGAUGUCUUCUGCAGUUACAUCAGUGAGAAUCCUUGAGGCAUCAUGUAAAUUCUGUAUCAUCUUAUACUUUUGAUUAAAGUAGCACUUAGCAGUAUUGCCACCAGCACUCUGAAAUAAUGUGCGACUGUUAAAAUACCUAUUUUGUGUACCACUUUUUAUUCUGUUCUUCAACAGCAUGUGGUUGUGAUGACUGGUAGCCUUUAAUAUGUGACUUCUGGUUUCUUUUUUACAAAACAUUUUAACGUUUAUCCCAAUUUUUAAUUUAGGAAAAUGAUCUCUUUUUUUUUUAAUACAAAUUUUAAUGCGUGUGUUAGCAUUGUUGAGUAAUCUUACAGUAAAGAGGAAAAAAAAAAGGCCCAGAGGUGCAAUGAAGAAAGUUGUUUUCCUAAGUAAUGUUGAGUGUUCAAAAAUACAUUUCAGUUGAUUGUGAAAGUAGUAGGGCAAAAGUGAUUUUUUUAAAAAAAUAUUUCAAGAUACCUUGAUAAUACUUUAAUGACUUUGGCUUUUGCUUUUAAUAGUAUGUAGUACAAUUUUAAUUAAACUUAAUGUUUUUGUAGGCCUGUUGAAGGACACCUCAGGCAAAAUUUAACUGGCAUUUUUUGUGGCUGUUGGAAACCAUUGUGACUUGGGAAUCCCCAUUUAAACAAUGUCCAGAUGCUCUAGGCAUAACCUAGAACAUCACUAGAACUAGAACAUCUGGAACAUCACUGUUGUGAAUGUGUACAGUGUCAGGGAAGAUCUUUACAUAUGCUUAGCAGAAUGUGCAUUCUAGAAGGUUUUACUUGAGGUGAAAUGUAACCAAUUUGUUAUUUAAUCUUGCCACAUAAUAUGGUGGGUAGACAAGAGAAUGAUUUCAUUGUUGGUUAAUGGCAAAGAAGGAUCAUCAUAAAUGUAAUAUGAGAAAUUAUACAUAGACUUUACAUUACUGAUGGUUAUGUCUUCAGAUGCAAUUCACAUUUCCAGAAUAAUAUUGUCCUCUGCAGAGCUAAGGAGAUGAUAGAGUAUGAACACUGUAACAAAGAAGAGUUCAUUGGCUUACCACAAUUCCCAAGUAUCAUGGUCUCUUAAAAAAAAAAAACAACAACCAACCACACAAAACCCAACCAAAGCCCAACUGUUCAUGCUAUUUCAGCUAAAUAAACUGUGCAGAGGAUUAAAUGACUUAUAUGUGAAUAUGCCUGUGAAAAGACCUAGUAUUGCAGCUACCAGUUGUAAAAGCUGUUAGGACCAGUACAUUGGAAGAUAUCAAUGUCUAUUUUUAAAGUAAAAGAAAAAAUGAUUUUUGUAUAUGUAUAAAGUUGUAAUUUUGCUGUUAACUAUAACUUUCAUUUUUUACUGAAAUACAAUUUUGUAAUUUGCAUUUAGAAUUUCUAAUGUGAAAAGGAAUUUACAAAAUGUAGUUUAAUAAAGGAUUUUUGCCAC